CUGCAGCCUGGGGAGAAGGGUGAGAAUUCAUACAACUAGAAAGAUAACUCUGUGUAAGGAAGGAGAAGUUUUUGACUGAAGACUCUAUGCACGGUAGUUCUUUCCACAGAGAGCUAACUGAUAUUUGAAGAAGCUUUUUAUUUCUCCAAGAAAAAUAUGAUGUAUUUUUCCCAAGCCUCACUUUUGUUCUUAAAUACAUUUAUUUUUAUUUGUGGAGAAGCUAUACAAGGUAACUGUGUACAUCAAUCUACGGAUUCUCCGGUAGUUAACAUUGUAGAAGAUGUAUCUAAUGCAAGCAAUGAAAGUAAAAGUAAUGAUACUGUUUAUAAGGAAGAUUGUGAGGAAUCAUGUGAUGUUAAAACUAAAAUUACACGAGAAGAAAAACAUUUCAUGUGUAGAAAUUUGCAAAAUUCUAUUAUUUCUUACACACGAAGUACCAAAAAACUACUAAGAAAUAUAAUGGAUGAGCAACAAUCUUCCUUGGAUUACUUAUCUAAUCAGGUUAAUGAGCUCAUGAAUCGGGUUCUCCUCUUGACUACGGAAGUUUUUACAAAACAGCUGGAUCCUUUUCCUCACAGACCAGUUCAGUCACAUGGUUUAGAUUGUACUGAUAUUAAAGAUACCAUUGGUUCUGUCACCAAAACACCAAGUGGUUUAUAUAUAAUCUAUCCAGAAGGAUCAAGCUACCCAUUUGAGGUAAUGUGUGAUAUGGAUUUCAGAGGAGGUGGAUGGACUAUAAUACAGAAAAGGAUUGAUGGGAUAAUUGAUUUCCAAAGGUUGUGGUGUGAUUAUCUGGAUGGAUUUGGCGACCUCUUAGGUGAAUUCUGGCUAGGACUAAAAAAGAUUUUUUACAUAGUAAAUCAGAAAAAUACCAGUUUUAUGCUGUAUGUGGCAUUGGAAUCUGAAGAUGACACAUUUGCUUAUGCAUCAUAUGAUAACUUUUGGCUAGAAGAUGAAACAAGAUUUUUUAAAAUGCACUUAGGACGGUAUUCAGGAAAUGCUGGUGAUGCAUUCCGGGGCUUCAGAACAGAAGAUAAUCAAAAUGCAUUGCCUUUCAGCACAUCAGAUGUUGAUAAUGAUGGAUGUCGCCCUGCAUGUCUGGUGAGUGGUCAGUCUGUGCAGAGCUGCAGUCACCUCAAUAACAACACUGGCUGGUGGUUCAACCAAUGUGGUCUAGCCAAUCUGAAUGGCAUUCAUCACUUCCCUGGAAAAUUGCUUGCAACUGGAAUUCAAUGGGGCACAUGGACCAAAAACAGUUCACCUGUCAAGAUUAAAUCUGUUUCAAUGAAAAUUAGAAGAAGUUACAAUCCAUAUUUUAAGUAAUCGUGUUUCAAAUUAUCAAUAUAAUGCAUGUUCCACAGUUGUUUUGGAUAAUACAUGAAAGAUUUCACAUAGCUUCUCUUUUUAUUGAGUGUUUCAAACAUUUAAGCCAACAUUUAACUAUAGAUGACAACUAAGGGGUUAAGAGCAUAAUUAGAAAUCUUUAAUUUUGUAAAGUUUUGUAAAAGAAAACAUGGCUCAAUGUACGCUUUUACUACUAACUAUAUUAACAAUAUGUAAUAAAAUUUGUUUUAAGUGAAUUACAACUUGUCUUCCUGGAGUCUAUUAUCCUUUUAAAGGAUUUUCCUUUUUCUGUAAAGCAUUAAACCAUACUAGAUUCUUAGAACAAUUGAAGACAGCAUUACAUCCAUUUAUAUGUUCAUUCUAAAUAAUCUAUAGACAAUUAUAAGGAAUAACUUUGUGCUUUUAUUAUAUAAACUUCACAUGGUUUAAAAACCUUACUAUUUCCAGGUGAUUCCAUAGUAUUUUAUAAGUAAUAAAAGUUUGUUUGCAAAAACAAGUCCUUCUUCUUUUCACAUUUUAUUGUAGUUAAUAAUUUUAUUCUUGUUUUUAAUAAAUUUACUGUACAUUUAUACCCUGAUCAG